UCUGAACAGACACACAGCUGCCACAGAAGGCACUCACUCAUCCAGAAGAGAACCAGCAUGACCCUUUACAGCCUGUACGCCUUCCUGCUUUGCACGGCGUUGCUCCACCUCAGACAAGUGUCAGGCCGUCAGGGAGACGAUGCAGCCUCAGACUGCUGCCUGGACGUUAGCAACAAGGUCAUCCCCAGGUGGAUCGUGGCCGGGUACAAGGUGCAGAGUGAAGCGUGGGGCUGCCGGAUCCCGGCUGUAGUGUUCACCACAGUGAAGGACAGAAAGCUGUGCGCCCCGCGCUCCGCACACUGGGUGAAACGGCUGAUGAAAUGGUGCAACAAGGUUCACAGCUGCAGUGGACAGUAGAAGAAAGCGCAGCGCACAGGCCGAAUUGAGAGAGGACGUAGAAGUAUCGCGGCCCUCGUCAGGAACCAACAUAGUCUACAGCAUCUUUCAUCUUCGCCUGCGUUGUGAGAAGCUCUCUCAGACAAUCCCACGCCAAUGUGAAUGCAUUUCUGUCUGCUUGGAAAAUAUAAUCCCAGUCCUGUUCCUGGUGGGAUGUGCAAACACUUUAUAAUGACUUGCUGGCUCACAACAUCCAAACGUGAACGGAGCAAUGCUUUUCCCUAGCUCCUGUUGGCUUGCAGUAUCUAUAGUUCAGUAUAAUCCCUAUCCAAUGAGGAGUAUGGACGGCCAUAUGACCAUAAUGUGUAGAAGCAGAAUUAGGCCAUUCGGCCCAUUAAGUCAAUGCCACCAUUUGAAUUUUAUUUACAGACGCCGCACAGUAGCAGGGCCUUUCGGCCCAAUGAGCCUAUGCAGCCUCUUGUGAAAAGAUAACAUACUAGCCUAUAUAACUUUGGAAUUGCGAGGAAACCGAAACAUCUUCUGGGUAGAACAUACAAGCUCCUUCCACACAGCGGCAGGAUUGAACUUGGGGCACUGGGGUCGUAAUAGUAUUAUGCUAACCACUAUGCUACUGUGUCACCCCUCAGUUUUCUGACCCCACCUCCUCUCUGUAGCCCUUCACCUGCUUACCAAACAAGAACCUAUCAAUCUCUGCCUUAAAUACGCCCAACGUCUUGGUCUCCACAGCCGUCUGUGGCAACAAAUUCCACAGAUGCACCACCCUCAGGCUGAAGAAAGUCCUCCUCAUCCCAGAAGCUGUAGAGUACUGCAUCACGGAAGCAGGCUGUUCAGCCCAUCUGGUCUGUGCUGGCCAAGAUGUCCCAUCCAAAUUAGUCCCCGUUGCCAGCAGUUGGCCCAUAACCUUCUAGAGCUUUCCAAUCCACGCACUGUACCUGUGCAGCUGUCUUUUAAAAGUUAUUAUCGCACCUGCUCGGCCCACACAGAUACCACCCUCACGGGAAAAAAAUCUACCUCUCAAGUUUAAAUUAAAUUUUAUCCCUCUCCCCUUAAACCUAUCCCCUUUAGUUCUUGGUACCCCAACCCUGGUGAAAAAGGCUGAGUGCAUUAACGCUAUCCCUGCCCCUCGUGAUUUUAUACACCUCAAGAAGGUCACCUCAGUCUCCAACACCAAACUGCCAAACUUCUUCCUAUUACUCAAGUCCUGGCAGCACCGUUGUAAAUCUUUUCCGCACUCUUGCCAGUUUAUUGAACAUCUGACAGCUGUACAUGACUGGAAGGGAUGUGGAGGGCUUUGGUCCAGGCGCAGGUCAUUGGGACAAGACACAAUCAUAAUUCAGCGCAGACUAAGUGGGCCAAAAGGACUGUUUCUGUAAUGACUCUAUAAUAUAGAAUGCAGAACACGAUUUUAUAACAUAUUUCCGAUAGCAGGGUGACCAAAACUGAACACAGUACCUCAAGUGCAGCCAUGCAUUUGUGAAGUGAUAGAGAUUCCCCCAUUAAGUUAUCUGUACAAGUUCAUUGUCUGAUGGAAUAGAUUUCUGGACUUCUUCCUAUUGAAUGGUUGUAAAUGAAUUAAUAUUUUAGUCCAAGUAUCCCUGGUCCCAAGACCUGGUUUGUGCUAAGAUCCGUCAGAACCCGGGCCCGUAAAGAAGAGCACGAAUGUUCCUGAAUUUGGUUUGAAUGACGGAGCAAACUUUUCAGGAAAACGGCAGGGGUGGUGAGUCCAAUGUGCAAGAACAGAUGGGGUCAUGAGUCAGACGUUCUGUGGCCAGGGAUAUCAAUCAUAAGAUGGAAUUUUCUAGAAAUAUGCUUCUGGAAAUCCCCUCUGAUCAAUUUUAAAUGUAGCUGUUUAAGUUUUUUUGUAUUUUUCUACGUGAAAUAAAUACUUCAUACUUACUUUCACAGAUCGGAAGUCAUGUAUCUUCUUGUGGCUUGCUAAUUUGAAUAAACAAAUU